CCUUUUCUCUCUGGGAAGCUUCUGUUUGGGAAGUUUCGGUCACUUCCGCUACCGGUGGCCGAACGGUGAACUUUUGCGCUUACCGUGCUCGCUGGGAAGACACUGAAGCGAAUGUAGAGACGGGUGUAUCCGCCAUUGCGAUGGAGGAGCAUCGCGCGACGAGAGAUCCUGAGACGUUUCCGUCGAGCGACGAGUUGGUCUCAGUGCUGCCGCCUACAGGAGAGGACAUCAACCGCAAUGGAGACAUCCGAAAGGGAUGUGAUCCUUUUGCUCAAUCUCAACGCAGUAAACUGCAGAACCGGCGAGCUCGCAUUAAUCAGCAAAUCAACAAAGAGAUGCGCAUGAGAGCUGGAGCCGAGAACCUGUUCAGGGCAACAACAAAUAACAAAGUAAAAGAGACAGUGGCUCUGGAACUCAGCUAUGUGAACUCUAAUCUACAGUUGCUCAAAGAAGAACUCGAGGAGCUUAACAGCAACAUGGAAGUUUAUCAGACAGACAGUGAGGCUUUGAAUGUUCCCAUGAUCCCACUGGGUUUAAAAGAAACCAAGGAAGUAGACUUCACCAUCCCGAUACAGGACUUCAUCUGUGAGCACUAUGGAGAGGACAGUUUACGCUAUAAUAAUGAGAUAAAAGAGUUUAUGGACCUCAGACAGGCCAUGCGUACUCCCAGUCGUAAUCAGACUGGUUUGGAGUUACUGAUGGAGUACUACAACCAACUGUACUACCUGGAUCAGCGGUUCUUUCCGCCACAUAGGAACCUGGGUGUGCACUUCCAUUGGUACGACUCUCUGACAGGAGUUCCAUCAUGUCAGCGUGCAAUAGCCUUUGAGAAGGGAAGCGUGUUGUUCAACAUCGGUGCUUUGUACACACAAAUCGGAGCACGACAGGAUCGUUCCACGACAGCUGGCAUAGAUCGAGCUAUAGAUGCAUUUCAGAGAGCUGCAGGUGCAUUUAAUUAUCUGAAAGAGAAUUUCUCCAACGCACCAAGUCUAGACAUGAGUGGGCCAGCGCUAUGCAUGCUGGUACGGCUAAUGGUGGCCCAGGUGCAGGAGUGUGUCUUUGAAUGUAUUACACUCACCACACAGGACACACAUUUCAUUUCUCUGCUGCGCCUGGCACAAGAGGCUGCACGGGUGUCAGAUGUCUACCUGCUAGUGCAACAGACUAUGUCACAGCCGCUGAUGAAAGACUAUGUACCAUUUUCGUGGGCGUCUGUGGUUCAGGUCAAAUCUGAACAUUUCCGUGCUCUCUCACACUACUUUGCUGCGGUUGCACUCUGUGACCACAUGUUGUCUGAAGAAGUCAACGAGGAAGCAGAAAAGGUCUUUCUCCAAUUCUAUGUCAGCACACCUGCAGGGCCGCCACUGCGUCAGAUUAUAAGAGACGGAGAAAAAAGACGAAGGUUUGGUAAAGCCCACCUGCGUCAUGCAGUGAUGAAACAUGAAGAAGCAAUGCGGGUCCAUAGUCUGUGUAAAAUCUUAAGGAAGAUGGACAUACUGCAAGAUGUACUAACAGUGACACACAAACGCUCACUGGACAAAUACUCUGAGCUGGACCAAGAGGACGAUUUUGACGAAACUGUAGAGGCACCAGAGAUCCAGUCUCAAAGUCACCAGAAGCCAGACAUCACACCACUCAACCAUUCUACAGUCCAAGUAGCAGAUAUUUUCCAAAGAUUGGGGCCAUUGUCAGUGUUUUGUGCUCAGGCUCGCUGUGGCCCGGUGCGUCUGAUCUACCUGCAGAGGAGAGAAGGUGGACUCGGCCUCACACUAAGAGGUGACUCACCUGUCUUGGUGGCUGGGGUGGUCUCUGGAGGUUGUGCAGCGGAGGCAGGACUGAGGGAAGGAGACUACAUAGUGGAAAUUGAUGGACAGGAUUGUAAGUGGGUCAAACAUAGUGAAGUGGUGAACAUGCUUAAGAACUACAGAGUCAAAGAGGUGGAGCUUGGCGUGGUUACAUUCCAUUCACACGAUGCUCAGGUGAGUUUUCCACUUUAUUCCCAAGGAGCAUAUGUGAAGCAAAUCUUUCUUUUCUGUGAAUUUCGAUAUUUUAAACAGUGUGGUGUUUUCAUGUACAGUACAGUGAACCGCCGUUUAUCGCGGCGCAUACGUGGAACGUUCCAGACCCACCCGUGAUUCACACAUUAAACCCACCUUAUGAAAAACAUACGUAUAAAAGUGUUCCUUCACCAGUUCUCACUCUCUUGGUGUGAAGAAAUAGGAGAAUAUUGUACAUCAAGGAAACGAAAAGAAUCUCUAAGAGGCAUUGUAUAUUUACAAUGGGUGCCAGUCCUGCCUCUCACCCAAAGUGAGCUGGGAUAGCCUCCGCCUCACCCGCAAGGAUAAUGAGGAUAAUAUCAGUACAAAAAAACAUUUAUGGAUUAAUGGAUAUUUAAACACCGCAAUAUCACGGGCGUUCACUGUACACUAGUUUCAAAAUUCAAUAUCCAAACUUAAAAUGGAAGCCGAAUGAGGCAGUAAUGUUUGAGUCCAUGUCAGCUGGAUUGUAUCAGAUACUUCGCCGUUCACACUCAACAAAGUCUUUGUGUGUUAACAGGCUGAGAAAAGGGCCCUUAUACUUUCUCACAGCAGCGGUAAAGAGAACACUUGACAGCGGGUGAUGGCUGUGGCUAAAGGACAGAGCUCUGCCUCCUUACUGGACUGGAACAGGAAGAAGCGGGAAGGCAACUGGACUUUGAACAGACUGGGAAGCACUUUCAAUGUGUCUUUUGGAAACCUCAGAGACACUGAGGCCAUGUACUGAGAUGAGGUUGCAAGAGGAGCCACUCAGGGAGUCACAAUAGCGUUGUACCGCACAUGAUAAAUGCAACAACAAAUGUGAUUUUGAAAUAGUUCGCCACACUUGUAAAGUAUUUCAUUUCACAAAUCAGAAGCCAGCUGUUUGAUUUUCUCAGUUGCUUUGGUCCAUUUCUUAAAUCAUCCUCAACCUAUGCAAAAACAGUAACCACCCCCCCUUUUUGAAACGCAAGUCCAACAUUGCGGUCUACUAAAAGUACGGAUUAGUGCAUAUUUGGGUAUAUAUUAGCGAGACCCGGAGUCCUCAGCUAUACGCAUUCACUACACGCCCAUUCUGCUCAUCUCACGUCACAAAUCCCUUCCUUUGCCAAUGUUCGUCUUUACCUUGUUUGUUUUUGUUUUAGCCUGUAGAGACCCCUUUUUAUUAUUAAAUUUUCUAUAAAAUUCACCACUUGCAUUGAUUAUGUCUGCGUUUGGGUUCGGAACGAAACCUCUUGAAAGUAUAGAACUCAAAGUUUCUAACAUGUAGCCACCUUCGGAUAAGAGACUGAUUAAAAAGGUUUGUCGUCAUUUCGCCUCAAGUUCAACUUGUAAAAAUAUGACGUGGUGCCCCUCAUAUAUAUCAACUAUCUUGAUUUAUAACGCUGUAAUUUGAAAUUAUGAUAACCUGGAAGUGACGCAGGCGUCUCUUCCAACUCAUCGUUUCCUUCUAAAUUAAGCACAAUUCUUACCAAUCCCAUAAACGCUACAAUGAACAGACAUUUAAGUUAAAUUAAUACAUCUCUGAGAAUGCUGAUCAAAUCGGAACAUUACAGUCUUUGUAAAGGCAGAAUAAUUGGUACAGUCCUUGUCGUGGAUGUCAUAUUGUGCAUAUAGUUAUGUUGUUGUGGCUGGUCAGUGUACAGCCUUCUGUAUAUGAAAUACAUGUACGAAGUACAUGUACUCUGCAUAGUACUUCGGCAACAUGAGUUUAAUUUUCUAAAUGACAAUAUGACAAGUGCGGCGAUGCGUUGCAUAUCCGGCAGUAAGUUGGACUCGUUUCCGGUGAGGGUUGGACUCCGCCAAGGCUGCCCUUUGUCACCGAUUCUGUUCAUAAGCCUUAUGGACAGAAUUUCUAGAAGCAGCCGAGGCGUAGAGGGGGUCCGGUUUGGUUGCCUCAGUAUUGCAUCUCUGCUUAUUGCAGAUGAUGUGGUUCUGUUGGCUUCAUCAAGCUGUGACCUCCAACUCUCACUGAAGCAGUUCGCAGCUGAGUGUGAAGCGGCUGCGAUGAGAAUCAGCACCUCCAAAUCUGAGACCGUGGUCCUCAGUCGGAAAAGGGUGGCGUGCCCUCUCUGGGUCGGGGAUGAGAUCCUGCCCCAAGUGGAGGAGUUCAAGUAUCUUGGGGUCUUGUUUACGAGUGAGGGAAGAAUGGAACGGGAGAUCGACAGGCGGAUCGGUGCAGCGUCUGCAGUGAUGCGGACUUUGUCUCGAUCCGUUGUGGUAAAGAAGGAGCUAAGCCGGAAGGCGAAGCUCUCGAUUUACCGGUCGAUCUACGUUCCUAACCUCACCUAUGGUCACGAGAUGUGGGUCGUGACCGAAAGAACAAGAUCCCGGAUACAAGCGGCCGAAAUGAGUUUCCUCCGCAGGGCUCUCCCUGAGAGAUAGGGUGAGAAGCUCGGUCAUCUGGGAGGAUCUCAGAGUAGAGCCGCUGCUCCUCUACAUCGAGGAGCCAGAUGAGGUGGCUGAGGCAUCUGAUUCGGAUGCCUCCCCGGUGAGGUGUUCCGGGCACGUCCCACCGGAAGGAGACCCGGGGGACAACCCAGGACACGCUGGAGAGACUACGUCCUUCGGCUGGCCUGGGAACGCCUCGGGAUCCCCCCGGAAGAGAUGGAUGAAGAGGCUGAGGAGAGGGAAGUCUGGGCGUCCCUGCUAAAGCUACUGCCCCCGCGACCUAACCUCGGAUAAGCGGUAGAAAAUGGAUGGAUGGUAUUGGUAUAUAUUUUUAAGUCAUUAUUUCAGUGGAAAUCAAUUAUACUGGGUGAUUUUAGCUCUUUUACAUAUCUUUGUUUUUUAGUUAAAGGUGACCCAUAGGGUAUUAUAUUCAUAAUUUUAUAGACCCCCCAAGAUACAAUAGAAAAUGCAUGGAGGAUUUUUCAGAACUGCUGUCAGCAGUACUACAACUAUUCUAACAGAUUCUUCCAAAAGUUCAGACAACCUCUAUCUCUAUUAAGAAAAGGUACAUAAAUGAGAGCGCCGCCACUGUUUAUGGAGACCAUAGCUGUGCCACAAACUGUGAAUGCUGCGACAUUUGAUGAACUUUUGGAUAAUUUCACCUGUAAAAUCUCAAAUGUCAUAAAUGUUGUCGCUCCUAUUAAAACUAAGACAAUCUUGAGGUGACCAAGACCACCAUGGCUUCUACCAUCUGAAGAACAUAUCCAGAGUGAAGGCUUGCAUGUGUCAAGCAGACCAGGAGAGGCUCAUCCAUGCUUUUAUCUCAAGUCGACUUGACUCUUGUAAUGGUCUUGUGACUGGACUCCCCAAAAAGAGCAUUAAACAGCUGCAGCUCUGGUCUGACCAGAACAAAGAGGUCAGAGCAUAUUACAACAAUUCUAAAGUCCUUACACUGGCUUCCAGUCAGCUUUAGAAUAUAUUUUAAAAUUCUGCUACUGGUCUACAAAUCACAAAAUGUUUUAGGUCCUGAAUACAUGAAACAAAUGCUAAUGGAAUAUAGACCGAGUAGGGCUCUGCAAUUGACAGACAAAUAGUGGAGCACAGAGUCCAACGCAAACAUGGUGAAGCAGCAUUUAGCUAUUAUGUUGCACACAAAUGGAAUAAGUUGCCAACAGAAGUGACGUCAGCCCCAAGUGUGCAUGUUUUGAAGUCCAGGUUAAAAACGCUUUUUUUCCAUGCUUUUUAGAACAUUUCCACUUUUAAAUGAUAUUUCUUGCACUGUAUGCUGUUUUAAUUGUACUUUUAUUGUAUGUUUUUCUCUUUUUUAAAAAUGUUUAUAAGCUGUUUUCUUUUUUGUUUUCAAAUGCUUUUAAUCAUGUAAAGCGCGAUAUAAAUAAAUGUGGUAUAUAAAUACAUUUGCUUUACUUAAGAGGCUCCUCUGUCCUCCACUCGUUACCUGUAUUAAUGGCACCUGUUUGAACUCGUUAUCAGUAUAGAAGACACCUGUCCACCACCUCAAACAGUCCCACUCCAAACUCCACUAUGGCCAAGACCAAAGUGCUGCCAAAGGACACCAGAAACAAAAUUGUGGAUCUGCCCCAGGCUGGGAAGACUAAAUCUGCAAUAGGUAAGCAGCUUCAUUGUAAGAAAUCAACUGUGGGGGCAAUUAUUAGAA